UGGUAGACAGUUGCGAUUCGUGUUGUUAAUUAAUCUGUACUUUGAAGUAUUCUCUUUAAAGAUGACAAUGGCUCAACCGAAUUUGUUAUUAUCCAAGAAGUCUUUAGAAGAGGAUGAAGAAUUGCUUACUUGUGGCAUCUGCAAAGAAAUAUUCACCGACCCGAAACAGUUACCAUGUGUACACUGUUUUUGCAAGCAUUGUCUUCAGCUCAUGACCAAUAAUACAGAUUGUAGUUCGCUACGAUGUCCAGUUUGUCGCCGAGAAUUCGAUAUUCCCGAGAAUAAUGUAGCAUCCUUCGAGGACAACGAGUAUCUAAAGAACUUGAGUGAAUUAUUAAAGGCGAAAAAAGAAGAGGAUGCAAACCAGCCAUUAGAGUGUAGUAUCUGCAAAGAGUCAAAGCAACCUAAUAGUAUUUCACACUGUUUGGAAUGCGAUGAUAAUCUUUGUAAUAAAUGUGAAGAGUACCACAAGAAGUUCGAGAAGCUAACUCGUGGUCAUACGGUGGUGCCGUACAAAGAGCUAAUUUGCACUGAUGGAAUCCUUAAUCGUUCAAAAGCAUCCUGCAAAGAACAUACCAGCAAAAUGCUGAAAUUAUUUUGCUUCACCUGUCACGAAUCGAUGUGUUUGGAGUGUCUAAAUUCUCACCAAAGAAAUAGUGAAGACAAGUGUUACAUCAACCCACUUCCGAUUCCUAGGGAAACUCUAAUGGAAACCUGGAAUGAUCAAGUUCAUUGCCUUGAAGAGAUAAUACAAGUGUAUGAAAAAGAGGUAGGUGAUUCUAUCCGUUUGCAACAAAAUCUCCACGAAAGUAAAGAGAAGGUUCAGGAAGAGAUCCAAGCCGAAUCAGAUCGAGUCAUUUCUGUCGUAAAAGAAAAAACGAAAAUACUAUUAGAGCGCCUUGACGAAGAAUUUAAAGCGGAUGAGAAGGUGGCAACCUUGCAUCGUGAUAAAGCAGAAAGUAUCAUCGAAUCAUGUAAACACUUGUUAAAGAUUCGAGAACAUAUUAUGAAGAAUGCAAAAGACAUAGAGCUAAUCCCUGCUAUGGCCACACUAGAGGAACGUGUAAAAUACUUUAAAAAGCCAGUUGACUACCUUAGUAUUGAAGGAAUGUUUCAAUUCGUCUCCGCCAACAGUGCAGAGGUUGGAACACUACAAAAGAUGAGGAACUGUCUCCAGGAGAGUUGGGAAGACCUUUCUAAACUGAAACCAGAAGACAAAGUGCGAAGAGGAACAGCCUGGAAACCUAGAAGAAAUGACUACCGUUUCCACACUGGCACAGUUUUAUCGACAAGGUCUAAACAAAGCUCCAGAAAUAGCUCCAGAAGUUUUAAUUUUGCUUCAUCUUCUGUAAAGGCAGCACCAGCAUCAGGUUUUUUGCUUACUACUACUAGGUCUACAGGACAAGCAUCUGUUGGAGGUUAUUCGUUUGGGCCUAGUGCACAAGAGAUACAUUUCAAAAUAUCAUGGGAUAGGCCUAACAAACAAACUGAAAAAACUUCAUUUAUUAUUAGUAAAGGUUUAACCUCAUGUUCUGAAAUUGCUUCAUUAUCGAAGUGUUGGUGUGAUAUAUAAUUUUACAAUUUCCUAUUCACUUAAAACAAAUAAUUUAAAAGUUAUCUCUGUAAAAUAUGACUACAGUAAAGUCUUAACUCCUUCGUGAACAAAAUAGAGAAAUUAUAAGAUUUUUGACUGUCCAAGUCAAAGAGUGGCCCUAUUUUUAUUAUCCUAAUAUACAUUUAUUUGUACAGUAUGUUACUAUUUAAAUUAGAUAGCACGUAUAAGAAGAUAAUGUUUAUAAAUAGGCAAACUCUGUCAUUGUAUAUCGUCUUGUUCAGUUGUCUUGUUGAAUGAUGUCUUAAGCAGACAUAAAAUGCAAACAAUAAUAAUAAUAUAAUAAUAACCCAACUAAUUAUAACUCUGAAAACAUACUGCUAUAUUGUUUAAAUUGUCAUGUUCUGGGUUGAGGAAAGUUUCCACCCGCUUCAUCUACUCAGCUAUUUCUGGCUGGUUCUUCAGUAAAUCUUUGCCAGAUGGGCACGAGAGCGAUUGUAUUAACUAAAAAGAAACGUCAGUCAAAUCAAUUGCCGAACACUCAGUAGGUUCUCAAAUACUUGUGAAAUAAUUCGCAAGUGAUUCGGGUGGGAAUCGAACCCACAACCUCCAGACUACAUUUGCAGUACCCGCUGUUAUUUGGGAAUCGGAUUCAACAUUACUAAGCGCAAGCUCGGCUGUCUACUGUUUAUGGCCCCUGGCUAAUCUGGGGGUAGUGGGUUCGAUUCCACCCGAAUCACUUGCGAAUUAUUUCGCAAGUAUUUGAGAACGUACUGAGUGUUCGGUACGAAAACACGUCAGGUAAGGCAAAAAUCACUCCUAUGGUAUUUUCCUGACGCAAACUCUCAUCGAAAAAGCAUUUGCAGUACCCGCUGCUACUUGGGAAUCGGAUUCAACCCUAGUACUAAGCACAAGUUCGGUAGUCUAGUGGUUACGGUGCCAGGCUAGUUAUCUGGAGGUCGUAUAUUCGUGUGUGCCAGUUGUACCGUAUUUAAUUAAUAGACAGAAGGUUUUUUUUUUUUAAGUUCACGUUAAAAACAGCCUGCUCAAUUCUAUAGUGUGCAAUGUGAUCUUGUUUACACAUGAAAUUCAAUAAAAGAAUGAGCAGUAAACACAUGUGAAGUAUACUGCUUUAUUUGAAAAUUUCGAAAAUCCCGCAUUUGCUACAAUGUAGGCCCUACUAUCAUAUUAUAUCAUAAUUACUAUGUUACAGUUAAGUAGGUCUAGAUGUCAGUAUGAUUUAAAGUGAAUAUGUUGAUGUGGAAUCUUGAUUAUUAUGAAUUAAAAGGUUAUAACAUACAUAAAUUGUGUAAAAACAAACAGGCCUACAGAUAAUGUCAUAAUAAGAUUAUGAUGUAUAGGCCUAAGUUACGCUCCAUUAACUCCUGUUGUUUAGUAAUUAACUAGUUUGGUUCUCUUGUAACUUUUCAAGUAAUUUUACAGUUAAUGUUUUAGAAAAUACUAGGCCUACGGCGCAUUUAUCUAUCAUUGUACAGGUACCGGGUAUUUUGUAAUAAUUGCCUAAAUUCUCUACAUGACAUGGAAUAGGCCAUUUAGGAUUUAGUUGUCAAUAUAGAUUGUAUUUGUAUUACUGCAGUUCAGUAUUUACAAAAUACAAAAGUAUCUUUCAUUUCUCGUUAAAAUAUCUCUUGAGUAGACAUUAAAUGCAACCAAAUAAAAUGAACCAACUACUAGUA